AUGACUUCUUUGGUGAGGAAAUUCAUACCCAGAACCUCGUUCCCGGAUUAUAGAGUCUCCUUGACAGAUUUUAAAGGUCACCACGUGAAAGCUCUGAACAAGUUGACCCAAAUCGCUCCACAAUUGGAUUUGGUGUUUGAAGUUAGAGAUGCACGAGCACCUUUAAGUACAAGAAAUGUACUUUUUGAAAAAAUACUGGGUAAUAAACCAAAAGUUGUGUUAUAUUCCAAGAAGGAUUUGAGUACUAUAGAUGUUGAAUUAUUGACAAAAUGGCAUAAAGAUGAAAAAUUCAUGUUUGUUAAUUGUAAAAGUCGAACAGAUGCUACCAAUAUAAUUGAAAUUGCUAAAGCACAUUAUGAAGAAAUGGAACCAAGACCACCAUUAGGACUAAGAAUGAUUAUAACUGGUAUGCCUAAUGUUGGUAAAAGUACACUUGUGAAUACUUUAAGAGCUGUUGGAUUAAAUUCUACUAGAAAAGUUGCUAAAACUGGUGGUCAACCUGGUGUUACAAGAUCAACAAGUUCAAUUAUUAAAAUUAAUGAAAAUCCAGAAAUUUUAUUAUAUGAUACACCAGGUGUUUUCAUUCCAAGAGUUGAGAAUAGUGAAAGAAUGAUUGUAUUGUCAUUAGUUGGUGCAGUUAGUCCAACUAUUGUUGAUCCAGUCAUUCAAGCAGAUUAUUUAUUAUAUUUAAUAAAUUUACAAAAUCCAACUUUAUAUUCACAAUAUUUGAAAACUCCAACAAAUGAUGUUUAUACUCUAUUAAGAGCAAUUUCCAAAAAAAUUAAGAAAUAUAAUUCAAGAACUAAAGAUUUUGAUGAAAAAGGUACUGCAUUGCAUUGGAUUGAUGGAUUUAAACAAGGUAAAACUGGUCGUUUAAAAUUUGAUGUUGAUAGUAUAGUUAAAUCAGAUAUAUUUGAUUAUCAAGCACAUCAAAAACAAGAAAUAGAAAGAUUAUCACAAAUGGAUAAUGUUUUAAAUAAGAAGAAGAAUACAGAUGGUAAAAGAUCUUUAGCUGAAAAGGUUUCACGGAAUGUAAAUAAAUUAUUUUAA